AUGUUCGGCGCAAAGACUUGUUGGGCGACAGCGGCACUAGCGAUUGCCGCUGCGUCUCAAGUGAGCGCAUACGACCUCGUACGGAGCUAUGAAGGUAGCACCUUCUUCGAUCGGUGGGAAUGGUUCGGAAACUGGGAUAAUUUGACACUCGGGGAUGUGUGGUGGCUCGGCCAGCAGGAUGCCAUGAACCAAGGUCUGGCAUACGUCGAUAACAGCGGACAUGCCAUUAUCAAGGUCGAUAAUACAUCGAACGUCGCGUUCAACGAGAAGCGCAAUACCGUGCGCAUCACCUCGUCAGACUCGUACGGGGUGGGCAGCCUUUGGAUCAUCGACCUGUUGCAUUUGCCAUACGGUUGCUCGGUGUGGCCUGCGUUUUGGACGAAGGGACCAACUUGGCCAGACAAUGGAGAGAUUGAUAUCAUUGAAGGCAUCAACCUCAAUCAGGACAAUCAAUACGCGUUACAUACCACAGCGGGAUGUGCGGCCCAGUCCGGCGUCAUCCAGACCGGCGUCGCUGGUCAAGGUGACUGCUCCCAGCCUAGCGGCUGCACGGUCACAGAGUCUCAGCAGAACAGCUAUCGGGAGGGCUUUGCCGCGGCGGGUGGAGGAGUAUGGGCUACGCAGUUCGACGUCGCUGGGAUCUUCAUCUGGUUCUGGUCAAGAGAGAACGUGCCGGCGUCGAUACAGCAAUCAACCUCCACAUCUAGCAUCGACGUAUCCGACUUCGGAGUGCCCUCUGCCGCCUUUCCAGUUUCGGCUUGCAACAUCCCCCAGUUCUUUACCGCGCAAAAUUUGGUGAUAGACAUCACGUUGUGUGGAAAUUGGGCCGGAAUCCCCUCGCUCUAUCAAGCACAGUGCUUAAACGCCGGGACCACCGGAACAUGUUACCAGGAUAACGUCGUCGGCCCGGGCUCGCCCAAGUACGAUGAGGCCUACUUCGAGAUCGACUUCCUUCGAGCCUACACGACCGGCGGACCAGCACCCACGCCUGCGAGCGCCGGCAUAGAACUCGGCUCAACCGUGGUCGCCACGUACACAAGCAUCCCAACGCCGACCACUGCGACGACCGCAGUGCCGUCUGGUCUCGACACUUCUCCGAACGGCUCUAUAUCCGCGGCCUCACGCGGCGCGGAGUGGGCAUGGGGAACUCAGGCGCUCGCCGCGGACUUCCUUGAGAUGACACAGGCGCUUUAUGCCGCGCCGGCGCAGUGUGCGCUGAAACCCAAACCCUAA